ACGAAAGCCACGGCGAAAACAAAAAGAAGGCAUACAGUCAACGAACUACAGCCACUAGAGUUACAAGCAAACAUAACCUGCUCUUCCAUGCAAAUUUAAACAGAAACUAGUGGACUAAUCUAAUCGCGAUCUUUCGAACAUGAAGUCGUUUGUUUCAGUUGUCUUGUUGAGUUUGGUCGUCGUUGGUGGACAGCCGGUAGAAGAUGCUUCCGCCAUUUCAGUGACUGGGCUGGAGAAAUCUGUUUAUGAAGAGGGCCCUUCCUUUGACCUGGAACAGAGUGAAUCAGGCCUAAAGGUAAUCGAACACAAAUUGGAACAUUGGUUGAAGAAAUACUAUAAACAUCAAGACAAAAAAGGUGUUAAUGGAUUCCCAGUUGCUGGCUACCCACUGGUUGGUUACCCUCUUGUUGGCUAUCCACCUAUUGGAUUGCCUCCAUUCGGAUACGGCUACGGACUCGGCGGAUACAGUUUGGGUGGAUUAGGUGGCUAUGGGUCGGGUUUAGGAGCAUAUGGUGCUGGAUUGGGUGGCUACGGAACCGGAAUAGAUGGGUAUGGAGGAUUAGGUGGAUAUGGAUUGGGAGGCUUAGGUGGAUAUGGAGGUGGAUAUGGAGGUGGAUAUGGAGGUGGAUAUGGAGGUGGAUAUGGUGGAUAUGGGGGAUAUGGUUUCAAGAGAUAAACUAAAGCAUGACAUUAUACAUACACUGUUAAACAUAAUUCAUCACCUGUUAUUGUCACAUUGACUUGUAUAUUAUUACUUGCAAAUACACAUAUAGUUUUAUAUUAAAUAAA